AUGAAAUUUUCGCGCGCUACGCUCCUGACGGCUUACGCGUCUGCUGCCACCGCCCGCUUCAUCGAGAAGCACGAGGCCAACGCCUUCGAGGUCUUCCCCGCUGUCAGCGACGAGAAGUUCCUCAUUGAGCUUUCGCCGGGCGAGACACGAUGGGUGACCGAGGAGAAGAAGUGGGAAUUGCGCAGGAACGGCCAGAACUUUAUGGACAUCACCGAGUACCAGGACUUUAACGCCGAAGCUGUCGCCCCAGCUACCGUGGACUUCCCUGCCAAGUGCACUCAGCAGAAGAACGUCAACGCGCUCUUCCGCCAUCUCGACAAGGACAACAUUCAGGCCAACCUCGAGGGCCUGAGUGGUUUCCACACACGCUACUACAAGUCUGAUCUCGGCCUCCAGGCGUCGGAUUUUGUCCUCAAGAAGGCAAAGAGCCUGCUCUCUGCGGCCGAGGCGGACAGCGCGGACGCCGUUGGCUUCGAUCACAGCUGGAAGCAGCACUCUGUCAUUGUCACCAUACCCGGCGAGACCAAUUCGACCGUCGUGGUCGGCGCCCACCUCGACUCGACGAACCUGUGGCUGCCCACUAUCCUUGCGGCGCCCGGCGCCGACGACGAUGGCAGUGGCACCGUGACCAUACUCGAGGUUCUCAAAGCGCUCCUGCAGGACGAGAAGAUUACCGGCGGCAAGGCUCGCAACACCAUCGAGUUCCACUGGUACAGUGCCGAAGAGGCCGGUCUCCUCGGCAGCGAGGCCAUCUUCUCCGACUACCACAAGAACGGCCGCGACGUCAAGGCCAUGCUCCAGCAGGACAUGACCGGCUACGUAAAGAAGACUCUCGACGCCAACAAGCCCGAGAGCAUCGGUGUCAUCAUGGAUUUUGUCGACAGCGGUCUGACAAAGUUCAUCAAGCGCGUCAUCGAGGAGUAUUGCAACAUCCCCUGGGUCGAGACCAAGUGCGGCUACGCCUGCUCCGACCAUGCGUCGGCCUCCAAGUACGGGUAUCCUUCGGCAUUCGCUAUCGAGUCUGCGUUCGAGGACUCGAACCCCCACAUCCACACGACCGACGACACCAUCAAGCACCUCUCGUUCCAGCACAUGGUGGAGCACGCGAGGAUGACGCUGGGUCUCGUGUACGAGCUGGCGUACCACGACUUUGACGGCAAGAAGGACGACGGCGACGAGCUGUAG